AUGUCGGCAAGACAAUAUGGAGCUCGCCUCCUCGAAGAGGUAAAGGAAGAGACUCUCGAGCAGUUCCUAGCGGAGCUCAGAUGCUCGAUAGACCCUCGGCCAAGGUCUGUCCUGGGAGUUCCACAGCUGGACAGUCUGCUCGAAUCACUCCGCUACCCAGCAGCUGAAAGAACGCCAGGAAAUCCGCGAUGGCGUUCCUCAUCAACACCAACAUCUCCAGCAUUGGACAACAACAACAACAACAACAACAACAACAACAACAACAACAACAACGGCAGCAGCAUCAACGAGGGAGAGCAGAGCGACAACGGGGAGAUAUCUCCCCGCAGACCUCCACUCCGGACGUUUACAGAUCCAGCCAAACCGGCAACGAUCGAACUCACAAGUCUCAAAUCGGCCUCCGGCAAGACCUCUCUGCUCUCCUAUCUCUGCGCCAUAUCGGUCCUUCCGAGAGAUCUGGGCGGCAACGAGUCGACGACCGUGUACAUCGACGCCGACGGACGGUUCUCGGCUACAAGGCUGGCUCAGAUCAUGCAUCACUACAUUCAACAUCGUCUCCUCUGUAUGGAAGCAGAAACUCCUUCUGCUGCUAAUGCUACCCCUGCAGACUCGGAAAAUAUCCAACAAACCAUCCGCUCAUCCCUAGACCACGUACACGUCUUCCGGCCGCAGUCGUCGGGCCAACUGAUCUCCAUCCUCUCCUCUCUACACACCUAUCUCCUCGACAGUUCGCGCCAUCACAGUAUGCAUCGCCCACUGGGCCUCAUCGUGCUCGACUCAGCGACCGCGUUCUACUGGCAGGACCGAGCCGACCAAGCCAUGGCGAAGCUCGAAUCAACGGCACCGGGCGCGACGAGAACGGCAACGGCCGCUGAAGGACGGUCACGAGCCGCAGAGACGAUCGCGAAGCUCAAGGCCCUCCAGGAGAGGUUCGAAUGUGCCGUACUCUUGAGCACCACCACCGCCUCCUCCACCUCCACCUCUUUUUCAUCGCUGUCGGCGCGGACCCGGCAUGAAACAAUUACCGCCAAUACCACCCCCGCGCCCUCGAAUUUGGACACUCACAUCAUUUCCCCGUGGACGUCAUACGCCACCCUCUCCCUAUCGCUCGCGAGGACGCCCGUCUCGCAGUUUCCUCCGCAGAUGGGCAUCGAAGAGUGCUUGCGGGAUCGGGAUAGACGGCUCGAAGCCGUGCGGAGGGGGAGAUUUGUAGCUACCUUCUUCGGCGGUGCGGCGCAUGUGCAUGCACGCCGGAGGGGCCAGAAGGAGGGCCAGAGCGAGGGUGGGAGAGGAGGAGGAUGGGGGACAGGCGUGUUCGGGUUCCGGAGCACCGCAGACGGCGUGGAGAUCGAGUGA